UAUAUUAAUGUGGAAGGAAAUUAAAGUUCUAUGCUAUUUGUGUGAUGUUCUUUGAGGUGUCAUUAUGUUUGUUCCUCUAUGUUCAUGUUGAACGAGCUACAAGUAUCCAACCUAAUGAAUAAAACUGGCAUCGCUUAAAUGAGAGAUUCAACUACUGGAAAGUAGGACAUAGGCUACUGCGCUCAGGUAGUGUUGCCCCUUAAGGGAUCGGGAUGAGCAUGCGUGGAGAUUUCCGAGUCUAACCAGGACGCGGUACAUCGCUGUCAAACGCAGCGAGUUAGUGCAAGCCUUUGUGGACCGUGCAACCUGCCACUAGACAACGAACGAAGUAAACUGAAGUUUCCGGACACCAAUUGCAGCACAGGUAAGUACCUUUUGUGUAUGGCAUGUACCCUGAGCUACCUUUCGUCUGUCAGGUAGCCGUUGGUUUAUUUUAGAAGUGAUGUUGUGUCAACAUUUCAGAGACCAUGAAUUGCGUGCUACAGCAUAGUAGAUACAAUUGAGUGAUGGCACUCUUUCCACGUCCUCUGCUUUGACAGUGGACAAAUGAAUGAUCGGUUAGUUAAAUGUUGAUUUAAGUGCAGUUAUCAUUCUUAACGGAGAAUUUAGGCUAUUUUGGAAGAAUCCUUUGCCGUUGGGUAAAGUUAAAGAUUGUGGGAUUUAAUGUAUUGACAGCCUACAAAGAACAGUAGCCUGCUGUUUUUUUCCGGACAUUCAAUAAUUUUUCAGCGGUAUGAAUAACUACAUGUUUAAUUACUACUACAUCGCUACACUUGGCUUGAUGAGAGGCUGUUUGCGCUGUAGGGUAUUCUAAUGGUUCGAGUUAACAGUUGUCCAGUUGUAGUUUUGUAGUUUAAUGAAACACGUGCUAUAAUGUUCUUAUUUCGCUAUUUUGUCUUUAAUUUUUCUGUCACAAACGAGGGACCGAAGCGUGCUGAUGGUAUGGGCAUAGCUUAACGGGCGCAAAUGAGUCUCGCCUCUGUAAUGAAGCUCAUCAGCCUAUGCAAUAAUGAUGGGGAGCCUCGUCCGCUGCGAGUCGGAUGGGCACUGUUACAGGUUUCAUAUGAUGGUGUAUCCAAGUGAAGUAAUUCGUGCUCUCACGGCACUAUUUCAUUGUUAAACAUUUUGACUUGGCGAAAUGAUAGAUAGAUAGAUGGAUACUUUAUUAAUCCCGAGGGAAAUUUAGGAGAGCGAGAGCGCGCAGUGCUGUGGGAGCUAUGGAGUUAUUUGUCAAUAAUGAUGUUAUACAAAGUUCACUAUGAUAUUGGUGUUAGUUAGCCUGUCGCUAGUUCCUGUUUGUUUUGACCCGUCAAUCAGUUCGACUAGUGUAAAGGCUAGUCGCCCGGAGCUUAUAGUCAGUGCGACCACCGCUAAUCUUCUGUUGACUACUGAGUGUCUAGGGUUAAGCAUAGGCAAACAAUGUAUCUCUCACGCACAGGCGAGUUUACGCUUUAGUGUGGUUCGGCAUCCCUAUUCAGAAAAUAAAGAUGAAUUUACUACUGGAGUAUUUAACAGGUGGCUAUGCUUCAAGAAUACCUUGGUGAAUUUUAAAAUAAAGCGUAACGGUGAAGGUCAGCAAGGGUCCACAUAUUGUUGUUUAUCAGAAAAAAGUACCACAUGACCUUGUCUGACAUUUACCUUGAAAUACCGCCUGGUCUUUGGAGUCGAGCCUGACAUUUUUUUGAUAAAGUGGAAACAGAACGUUUGUAAUGAACCAAUAUACCUCGAAUGUCAUUGAUCGAAUGUCAUAUUUUAGCCUAGCUCCUAUGACAAUAUUUAACAAGCGUAUUUGUCAUUUUUAGGUCAAUUAGAAAUCUAUGACAUCUUGUAUAACUUUGGAUCAACUCAGUAAAUCAGGUCUUACGGUGUUGACUUAUAGUUCAUUUUAUCAUGGUUUUCAUGUCAUUGUGUUUCUCUACCCUACCCUAUAAUGUCUAUGUGUUUCAUAAUGUGGUUUACAGGGAAACCCAGUUUGUAGUGCUGGACUGGAGAUAAGUUGAAUUUAAUGGAAUGAAAUGCACAAUAUAUAAUUGUUUUAGUUGUUAUGCAGUACUUCAAAGAAGUAACCCAAGCCUAUUCACAUUCUUAGUUAUUCACACUCUUUCUCUCCUUUUCUCUGUUUAUUUGGUCUCUCAAGGCAAGAGUGCCUCCAUCAUCUCAUGAGUAUGAUUAUGGCCUUCCACUGUUUUAAAGGAAAUUACAAUAAGCAGAAAUAAACAUUGCUGUCUGCCUAUUCUUUUUUCCCCUUUUUAAAAAAGACUAGAGAGAAUACACAGCAUGUAUUACUUUAACUUUGGCGAGCGUGCGAGCAAGCUAUUUGGUGUUUGGUUAUCUAUUUUAGAUUGUGGUUGCCCCAAAUAUCUAUAACACUUCAUUUUGGUUGUGAGAAUGAACAUGUAGGAACCCCCCCGCAACCCAAAAACCCCUACCAGAGCACGGGGCAAACAAACACCCUGUGGAAAUGCACAUGUGUCAUCCAGGCCGUCAGUCAUGUCAUAAAAUGCAGUCACUCAUUUCAUGGAGAUGAAACGAUUCGGUGCAGCUCAUCAUAGCAGUGGUGUGUGUUCUCCGACUGGCUCAUCUGGGCCUCGGAGAGGUGGGUUCGCUGUGUGCAAACACAUGGGAGCUCGCUUGGCCACAGACCAGAACACUUGGCAGGUUGAACUGGGGCACGUUGUUGUCUCAUGAAGGCUGAUUUAUGAGGUUGUGUGGCUUGAGGGGGGGGCCUGGAUUUUAUUGGGUGCUGGUGAGGACAGUUAAAUGGCGGAUUUGUAGCGGUGUAGCUCGAGCAUCAAAAUAAACUUGAUGGGUUUGGACACAUGGGCUCUUGAUUGUUGCGAAUCGACACACGGUGGACAGGCUUACCGUUCACCUCAUAAAAAUUACAAUCAACAGCACAUUGCUGUCUCACAUAGCUCUCUGUAGCACAGUGGGUGAAUGUUUUAUGAUGGAGUCCUAACAGGCCCUUUGGUAUCCACUCAAUAAGUAAUAAGAAGGACAUUUAGUACUAUAGAUUUCACCUAAACUCCCAGGUUUUCAUAUUUAAUGGCUGCUAAAAAAUCUUAGACUUCUAUGUUUAAAAAUAAACUAAAUCUCGUGGUGUAACUUUCCACCAGAGUAAAUCACUGGAUUAAAUAUUCUGCAGUGUCACGGAUCUUAUUAGCUUGUCCUCAGGUGUGACAAGCAGGGUGUAAACAGAUGAUCCAAAAUAGACUGCAGGUGUUGCUCGUACCUAAAAGUGGCUGGCUGCUGGCUGAAAAGUGGGAUGUUUCCCCCCUCUUUUUUGCCAUGAUGGGUUCAUAUGGGUUCUUUCACAAGUAUUCUGAAACCUGCCUGCCACAUAGGGGUGAUUUUCAGAGACCGCUCAAGGCUGUCCUUGCCAGCCUUACCUCGACCGCACGGCCACUGUGGACAAAUUGUGUGAAAAACGGCUUGACGGAUCAGAGGCGAUGUGAGCAGGCCCGUAGACGUGCUGUCAUACGCCUCACCCAGUGUGUGCUGCAACCUAUGCUCCCAGGCAAAGAGACACCCAGGAACUAACAAAAAAAGGUGCCACACCCCCAGCCCAUGGAUGGUGACUGUUGUGCAGGGUUUGUGAAUGGCGUAAUUCGGCAGCAUUGUGCGAGGAAUCGAAGGUGUGUGAAAUCAGCCCGUCAGACACCAACUCAUUUUCGUGGGUCUUAUGAGAACGGAGUCGUGGGCAGAGACCUGCCAGCCAAUCACUGCGCCUCGGCCUCUCUGUGAUGCGGAAGAGUACAGGAGCCUUACCACAGCUAAAAAUGAAAUCAUUUUGCUCCAUUUUAAUCUAGUCUACUGUUGGUGGUAGAUUUACAGUAAUAUCUUUGCUUUACCCUGAAACUCAGAGCUUUGCAUCUGUAGGUAUAGGAGUGUUGAAUGGAGGAAAUUCUCCCCCGUGGUGGCUGUAGAUCCCUGGGCCCCAGUACAGGAUUCAAGGGCAAAUCUGUGAGAGUUCGUGAGUGUGUUUUGCAGGAGAAAAUGACUUGAAGAAAUUCAGGAACACCAUAGGACCAUAUCUGCUUUCUUCUGUGGUUGGGAAAAGACAUUUUGCAGUGCCUGUUCCUCAGAGAUAUACUCAGAAUAUGUUUUUUCCUCCUCAAGGAUCAUUAGCAAGUGAUUGAAUUAAUGACAAAACCCAACUAUGUUUCAUUUUUCCACUUUGAUUUUCACUCUAGCUGUUAAUGUAUGGCCCAUAUUGCUGUGCUGCAGUUCUGCAGGUAUACUGUAGAUGUCUUGUGUGGGAUUCACUAUGCCAGUGUGAAAUGCCUGUAAAGGUGACUGGUAAUUAGUCCCAUUCUGUCUGUAGUGAUUUAUGUACCCCUCAUUGUUGCAUAAAAGUGAUCUAUGGCAGACUUUCGACGCAAGCCUGCACCUGUAAUUUUAACAUGAUUGGUGUAUUUCACAGGAUGAAUUUUAUUAUUUUCUGAGUCACAAGUAAAUUGAUACAGGCAGCAAUCUGCUGAGCUUUCUUCAUAGCUUGACAAUCUGUUAUUGUGGUAGAGAAAAAGCCACAUGCUUUUGUCUGAAGGUGUUAUUUUGUGGGACUGCACUGUACGUGUUGUAACAUGCAGUCAGUGCAUUUCAUUCAGCAGGACACAAUGCGUGCCUUUUUCCCCCCUCAUAGGCAGUGAAUUACCGCUGUUGAUUUGGAAAGUCAUAACUCACAGGAACCCCACUGUCAGCCAAGGUCACAAUUACAACGGCAUCCGGCAUCUACAUUUCCUGGCUAAUAUGUUCCUAUUAUGUAAAGUAAAUUAGAACUCACAACAGUGCCGCUACUCACCUCCAUCACUGUCUGAGCCGCACAUGUCUUUGACCUCACAUUUAUUUUUACUCCUGGUUAGGCCCAGGGGCUGCCACUCUUAAAAGGGUAGGAAUGGGGCAGAAAUAAAUUGCCUCCAUAUCCAGUGUGUCUCUGCGGAGUUUAACAAAUGAUAACCGUGGCUGGGAAACUAGGAUAUUGGGAAGGUCAGCUAGUUCCAGUAAUUAGCAGGGGGUUGGUGGUGGUGGUGGUGGGAGUGAAGAGGCGAACCUGGAGGGUGGAAAGAGGGGAAAGGACUCCACUUUCUAAAGGGGUAAUGAAUCACUCUUGGACUGCCUUUCCUGACAGGAGAGUGGCUAUUUCUGGUCUUGGGUGAGGUUAAUGAAAUAAAUAAAUAAAUCAAAGGAACACUGCACUCAUGUGGAGAAUGCUGCUGUAUGUUGUGUCGGAAGACAACAUGGGUUGUGAAUAUUUCAUCCCUGCCUCCUUCUAGCGCUCUUGGCUUCUGUGAUGGUGCUUUUACAUCCCUCUGUCACCCCCUUCCCACUCCAGUUACCCCACUCAGCUGGUGGUUUGAUUCAUUCACAUGAUAUCCAUUAAGCACUCCCUCCCAUCUCACUCCAUGUAGUUGCCAUGCCACACGUUGUUUUGGUUAUUUAGUGCAAUGCAAAUGAACCACCUCCUGACCGACCACGCGAUGCACCCUGCCAAGAAAAAUGCUAAUUUGGUCUGUGUGUGCAUGAAAGGGCCAUGGUUCAUAUUCCCACCGCGUUCUGUCUGUGGCGUGUUUAUAUUUGAGUGUGUCAUCAUGGACUCACUGCAAAGGGAAACGUGUGAAGUGUCUGGGGAGAAAGAGACGAGACUGAGACAUCCGUUUUAAGUGGCAGGCCAGCAAAGAGCUCUUUCCACUCCUUUUGUUUGCAGUAUAAAUACAUCUGGUGGGUCAGGUAUUUAUUGAACAAAGGGUUGAGUGUGUGAAUUAGAAUUUUUCUAGGGUUACCUUUAUUGAGCUUCAUUAAGUAAGGGUCAUGGUAUAUGCCAGAUGGCGCUUUGCCAACUCAUUGGUCUCUCAGAAGAGGCACACAGUCCGUCUGGUAAAAUAUGGUAAUUCAUGGUUGACUGGUGAGAUUGCAAGUUAUGUUUAGGUCACAGACUGUAGGUCUACUUUUGACAAUUUUAAUUUGUUAUUUGUCUCUGAACAUGUAUUUGCCCUACUUUAAAGCUGUCAUAUUUAUCAGACAAAGAAGGAAGAAGAAGAAAAAACAGAGCUCAUGGGAGGAGAGGGUAGGAUUUGCCAGGAUCAAACCUCUCGUGACAAGCAUGUGGGAAACAAUUAACAUGGCAGCAGCCUGAGAGGCAUCUUCACUGGAUGUGUUCUUGUGUACCAGAAUUGCACCAGUGCCCCACGCUCCUCUUGUUGUCCCCCUGAAGGAUGUCAUUUCCAAAGGAUGUGUUCUGUGCUGAGAGAAAUAGCUCAGAAACUGUGAAUGAUGUGUGUAAUUUUCUUGUCAGUAUCACAGUGACUGCAUGAUGUUAGUAUACUACUAUACUUUAAUUAUUACUAUAAUUUAAGAACAGGAGCAGGCACAAGUGAGCAGCUAAAACAUUGAGAAUAUUGCCAUGCAAAACAUUGCCAGGGUGUUUUUUUCCCCUCUCCAGCUUGUUAUCUCUCCCUCCACAUCUUACUCUGAAAAGCAAACUCUUGUGGACCCUGCAGCAGUGCUGGUGACCCUUGCGUCAGUUCCCAGUAUCAUCAUCCGGUCUGGCAUGAGCGUGGCUGUUUGCUCUGAAAAAAGCGCUGGGCUACAUGGUCAUCUCUAGAAAUCGCAAAUCGGAGGGCUACACAUCAGUCCCCUAGUGACUUUUCCUACAAAAGCGCUCUAUUUAAUUUUUUUCAGAUAUCAUAUGGCUUGGCCUAGUUUUCAACCGCAAUUUACAUACAAAAAUCAUUCCCAUUUCUGCUAAAGAAAAAGCCUCAUAUCACUCAACUUGUUUUUUACUCUCUUAUUUGUGUGCAUUUUGGGGGAGUUGAUUUUGGAGAGUGAAGCUCUCAGCAACAACACCUUUAGGGCACUGCUCAGGCCCUUGGGUGCGCCUUACCGUGGCUGUCUCCAAUCUCGGCACGUCAGGUUCCCUAAUUGAUCCUCUACUUCAGCCGACAGGAGGCGAUUGUCCUUAUCCUUUCCCCAGCCCUGGCCCAGGCAGCAGGGCUUAUCGACAAGACGUCCUGCUCUCGAGGAGACAUGGGCUUUGCCAGGGAAGGGUGAGGAUGAGUAGCUUUUGUUCGUUGGCUGCAGGGGUCACUGUGAGGUAACGAUGGUAUGAAGACACCCCUGAGCCCUACGCAGCUCUUUGAUAAUGGUCGGUUUUGCUUCCCGUACGGGGCUUGCUUGGAGGUGAAGGAGGUGCUUCAAGGCGACGGGCAGGCAGACAUGCAGCUGCAGCAGGAGAAGAAGAAGCUGCUCUUCUCCCUGUGCGAGGUGUGCAACAUCCAGCUCAACUCGGCCGCACAGGCCCAGGUCCACUACAACGGCAAGUCACACCUGAAGCGCGUCAAGCAGCUGAACAACGGCGAGAUGCCGCCGGCCACCUCCACCGGGCCGCUUCUUCCCAGCCUCACCCUCACAACCAGCAGCUGCAGUUUAGGCUGCAUAGGCAACACAGGAAGCUCCUGUCAUAGCAACUCCCUUCCUACGCUGGUGCGGACGCCAUCUCUGAUGAUGCAGUCCACGCUGGACAUGAAGCCCUUCAUGCCCUUCCAGGUGGACACGUCGUCGCCCGUCGGACUCUUCCCCAACUUCAACACGAUGGACCCCGUCCAGAAAGCUGUAAUCAACCACACAUUUGGAGUCUCCAUCCCUCCUAAGAAAAAACAUGUGAUUUCUUGCAACAUCUGUCAACUCCGCUUCAACUCCGAUAGCCAAGCCGAGGCACACUACAAAGGCAGUAAACAUGCCAAGAAGCUCAAAGCACAGGAGUCCACGAAAAAUAAGCAGAAAAGUGCUGCUGCCACCCCGGACAGCGCAAAGACAAUCACCACCUCCUCCACCACCUCCACCUCCUCCACCGCUGUCACUGCCAGCAACUCUGACCAACCAGAGAAACUUGUGGAGUCUCCUAGCGCACAAAAUGCUUCUAUUUCUCCAAAAGCGUUCUUGCCCGCAUCGCCCUUGAUGGCGACGUCGACGGCUGUAGCAUGCGCCGCGGUGGUGUUGGCGCCUGGCUUCUGCAAGCCCGCUCUCGAGUCGGCACCCGUCGGCUCUCCGCCGGAGCCCACCGCACCGGGACCCACCCCGAAGACCCCCACCAAGCCUGCGUCUGUCGCCACGGCAUUAGCAGCAGGAUUGGCCACCGUAGCCACGGCAGCGGAGCCCAGUGCAGAGUCGGAGGAGGAGAAGGCCAAGAAGCUGCUCUACUGCUCCCUCUGCAAAGUGGCCGUCAACUCCCUCUCACAGCUGGAGGCCCAUAACACAGGAUCAAAGCACAAAACCAUGCUUGAGGCGAGAAGUGGAGCCGGUCCGAUUAAAGCCUAUCCCAGACCGGGGUCCAAACUCAAAACACAAGUCAGCGCGGUUCUAAAGGGCUCGGGCUUACAGAACAAGACGUUCCAUUGCGAAAUCUGUGACGUCCAUGUCAACUCGGAAAUCCAGCUGAAACAGCAUAUUUCCAGCAGGAGGCAUAAGGACCGAGUCGCAGGGAAGCCCCUGAAGCCCAAAUACAGCCCCUACAACAAGCAGCAGCGGAGCUCCACUAUCCUAGCGGCAAAGCUGGCUCUGCAAAAGGACCUGGUAAAGCCCAUCUCCACAGCAUUCAUCUCCAACCCCUUCGCCCCAACCACAAUGCCCUCCAUCACCCUGCACCCGCGGCCCAGCGCCUCCAUCUUUCAGACUGCCACCCUGCCCCCAUCCUUCCUGCGGGCUGCCCCAGGGCCCAUCCGGCCCACCACGGGAUCUAUCCUCUUCGCGCCAUAUUGAUCCCGUCCCCCAUAAAACACACACACACACACACACACACACACACACACACACACACACACACACACACACACACACACACACACACACAGAAGCACCAUACUCGCCCCCACAUCAUCAAUGUCUCUGCUGGAACGCCAGCAGCAAUAUGGAGGAGAAGCUGGCAGAAAGCAGAGAGAACUGCCCCUCUGACCUUCCCCUCAAACACACACACACACAUACACACACACACUCUUUGCAACUGCGCGGUGCGCUGCAUAUCGGAUGUCCUCUACACGCCACCGCUGCCUCUCGCUCUCCGCUGACAGGACUGCGACAGCUGGAACAGCCGUGUAUUUAUUAAACCUGUUUACCCUGUGACUGUCUGCAUCACCAUAAGCCCCAUCAGGUCGGCAUCCGCUUGCCGAGGACUCUAUGUCGGAAUCCUGCAGAGUACUAGGAAAAAAGAAAAAGAAAAAAAAAAAACAAGAAAAGAAAAGAAAAAAGCACCGAACUGCUUCCUGAAUGACUUGAAUUAUCAUGGUCUUCCUAUUGAAUUUAAUAGACAAACUCCAGAUACACGUAUAAAAGUGUUGGACAAGUCACGGAAAAGGAAAUCCUUAUCAUACGGGACAGGGCACAUUUUCAAUGGCUUGAUGUCGUCAGGGAGUGUGUUACACAGUUUUGGCCUACGUGCUGUCUUGUAUUGUGCUGUCAAUCACUUGUAGUUGAUGCUUCUCACCCUCUGUUUAGCAGUCUGGGAUCUGGGCUUGUUCUGAUGUCAUGCUAUAAUUCUCAUCCUAUGCCUCCGAAGAGAUCAACAUGGAUAGCCAUACCUGUUCACCUGUUUACCGAACAAACCCGUUUGAAAUCAUACGUUUUAUAACAAAGACAAAUCACUCGACAGGUUUCUUCUUUUUUUUUCUCUCUGUUGUGAUGGUAUCAAAAGAUCUUUUUUUAUCUAUCUGGAAAAGAAAACGUGGAGUUAGUGUUUCUCAUCAUCUGAACCCCUUCUUGUUGUCCAGCUGGAGAACCAUGGGCCGUUCACCUUGAUAUGAUAUAUCCCUCAUUUCUUAUGAGGCUGCAACGUUGGGCAGCUCUGUGAGGCAAUAAUGUACAGACCGUUGAAUAUUGUUAUUCUACAUAGUGUAUUUAAUGUUUACUUAACAAGUUGCAAUACUAGUUGUAUUUUAUGAAACUGGAGGGGGUGCUAAGAUGAAUAGCUACAAUUAUUUGUAUUUUUAGAAUUUGAAAGAGAAAUCCACACUCACAAAGACAGAGACUUCUUUAUUAGACUGUGGGACAUCUCCGUAGUCCAUAGUAUAUAUGUGUGAGUCUGUACAGUCCAUAAGAAAUUAACAUUUUCAAUAAAAUAAUAUAUUUAAAUGAUUUAUUCCCAUAUUAUACUGUACAUUGCUUUUUUCAUGAUUAAAAAAAUCCAUAUUUGAAUUAGAGAGCAAAGAUUUUAAAAUUGUAGUUUAUUAUAGGGCAGACCUGCUGAAGAUUGAAGGCAUGCUAAAUAAAAAAAAUUGUUAAUUUCAUAAUGGCUUCUUUGUGAGAUGUACAGUAUUUAUUUUCUGAAACAUUUUUUUAUGACGCAAUUGGUACAGGUAUUUCAUUCACUCUGCUUAAUUGGUGGUGGUUUAUUUGUUUGUGAAAGCGUGUUUCUUUUAUUAAAUCCCCCAGCUGAAUGCUGUUUUACGUGAGUGUUUCAUGUUAACUGUAAAUCCAUGAGGUGUUCCAUCAUACUAAACUCUUCAAGAGCACUUUCCGACAGAAGGUAUGAUCGGUCACAUGAGGGAUUGGUCCAAUCUGUGGCACACACACACACCUAAGUAAGGCAAAGGAGUCAGUGAAUGUUCUGAAUAUAGUUAUUCGUUUUUGUGUGGUUUCAGUUGGUGACACUUAAAAUUUACAGAAUACCAUGUAAUUCACGGUUUCCAAAACAGCUAUCAUUAUAUUAUGAUUCAGAGGGAAAAAAAUUUCACUCAAGGAUGCUGGAAGUGAAAGCAAUGGAAAGACCACAUCAUCACAUAUUUUCUUGUCAGUGAAAUGAUUUAUUUUGAGUUUCAGAAUGAUACAGUUGAUUGAUACACUGAUGCAGUGUAGUUGACAUGUUUUUGAACCAUUAAAUGCAGCGACUGAUUCUUUA